AUGAUUUUCCCAUACCAUGAGUCGGAGCAGCUGAAACAACCUCUCAGUAUUUUAUUUGGAUCAUGACUGGUUGGGUGCAGUAUUGCUAUUCAUGCAUGUGUUCUUGUUUUUGUUCACAAUGGCUUCAUCUUCACAUCAUAUUCAACACAGUUUAUGUUUUACCAUGUCAUACAAGAACUUAUGCUGUUUACCAUGAGGGCCCAUGUGACCUCCCACAUUUGGUUGAUUGUGUAUUACUGCUGCCAGAUUGUUCUAGCUCAGCAUUCAUUCUUCAUCUGGUUGAAGAGAAACAUUAGAGCCUUUGCCUACUCUGCUCUGGUCACUGAAAAACUCUUCUUUUUGUCCAGUUUCAUCAGCAACAUUUUAUAUUAUUCUGAAGUGCUGCAUUGUUGUUACAGUACCAGUGAUACAAAUAUACUUAAUGUACAUUAUUGGUUAAGAUUAGCCUAUUACUUGCUUAGUCUUUGUGUGAUGUCAGCAUCAAGCGGUAUGACUAUUCUCUACCUGUGGAGACACUUGAAGAGCAUGGAGGAGAGCAGUAGUUCCUUCUCCUCUCUUCAUCUCCAAAGACACAUGAGAGCAACCAUCACCGGCAUCAUACAUGCUGUUCUUCACAUCAUAUGCUCAAUCUGCCUCUUGGCAGUGCUCUGUUCGUAUGAUCCAGGUGGGCAAGCUGUGGGACCAGAGGUGGCGUCCAUUGAGCCCCUUGCUCACUCGCUGUUUCCCUCUCCCCACUCUCUUUGCUCGGGGUUUGGACCCCAUCUUCCAGCUGGCUCUCGCGGUUGUCAGUGGGACCUGGGGGAUGUUUAG